CAGCAAGGUCUAUAAAGAGGUCUGGUACAGCCCGAUGUCUGAUCUGAUCUGAACUUAACACAGUUACAAUGGGCAAGAUUACCUUCUUCGAAGACAGGAACUUCCAGGGUCGUCACUAUGAGUGCAGCACUGACUGCCCUGAGAUGCAAAACUUCUUCACUCGCUGUAACUCUAUAAAAGUGGACAGCGGUUGUUGGGUGGCCUACGAGAAGCCCAAUUAUGGCGGCUACCAGUACAUGCUGCACAAGGGCGAGUACCCCGACUACCAGCGCUGGGCAGGCUUCAAUGACUGUAUCCGCUCCUGCCGUAUGGUGCCACCUUAUGCUGGGAACUACAGGAUGAAGAUAUUUGAGCGAUCUGACUUUGCAGGCCAGAAUAUGGAGCUAAUGGAUGACUGCCCAGAUCUGCAUGAGCGUUUCCACACCCGUGACAUCUCAUCUGUCAAUGUUAUGGAGGGCUACUGGAUUCUACAUGAACACCCACAUUACAGGGGACGCCAGUACUUCUUGCGCCCUGGCGAGUACAGGAGACACAGUGAGUGGGGAAGCAACAGUCCCACCAUUGGAUCUCUGAGACGUGUCACUGAUAUCAACUGAUUUCCAGCUCUCCUUUUUUACCCUUACCGAGCCUCAUCGUUAAGCUUCCCACCCUCUUGUUCUUCAAAUGCCUGCACUGUUUCAGUGUGGUCUCAACGCUGUGUUGUGGUGUCCAAACCUGAAAUCAUACAUUCUGAUGGUGGCUUUGGUGCGUCUGAUGUUGGGUUCUGGUUUUGUUAGUUUGCUUUACAUUGUUGGGUAAAAGUUGCUCCUCAACUCAA